UUUGACCAGUUAGCAUGUCUCCAUCCCCCUGCUCUAGCACCCGUAGUGCUGAGACCCUUGUUGACCGCCGUUCCCGGUAAUCUGGGGCACAUUUUGAGACACGGACCACGAAACGGCCCUAAACCGUCUGCUCUACCGGGUCGUACUCGACCUUUAAAUCACCUACUCUUGAUCUUGAACUCGACUGUAGCCGUCAAGAGUCUAGAUUGCAGACCGCCCGAUCACCUGCUUUCCUUGGCCACUUUGGCGGUGUGGACAUGUUCAAUCUGGACACCUCGAUAUCAAACAUGGCGGCCGAAUCUCUCCGCCCGCCUUUUUCGUAAUUGGCCAAGUACGCCAUUUCAACGGGCCCCUCGAAGCUUGAAUCUCAUCGACAUGGACUGUGUCGGUACCUGAUUUACUGUGGUACAUUAUAGCUGCGUACAACCAGAGUCGAUGGUAAAUAGGAUUGAGACGAACUGACAAGUCUCUUCUCUUCCACUUGGACAAGGCUGCGUACAGGCCGCGGCCAGCAUUUGUCCCUGUCCAGGGAGGAUGCCCUCGACAUUCUUUUGCGCCCAUCGCGUCUACCUCUCAAUCUUUCCUUGGGCACAUUCGGACGUAAGGGUCGCGGUUGUCUCGACUUCCACUUGAAAGAAAGAGCAAGCGUCUACAUCAGCAUUCCGCGGUCGCCUGGUGGACACAGGUUUCGCACCAGUCUUGGGUUCCAGAUGCCAGAUUCCAGAUUCCAGCUCGGUGGCAAUAAUGGGAACAGCAGCCCGGAUUACCACUCCCUGUUGGGUUCCAGGAAUGGCAUUGCAACCCAACAACACCAGAUAGUCUUGCGGUGUGGUCCAGAAUCGCGCAUCGUUGGUUCUGAUCUGAAUCGUGCUAGUCUGUGAGCGAUCGUGUUCUAGGCUGAUAACCAGUCACAAUCGCCCCGAAUCUGGUUUUGAUAUCCGUGCCCGGACUAUUCCGCCUGCAAUGUUGGGAAAGCAUUGGUUUCCAGCCUGCUGAGCUGGCCACUGUUCAGUUUGGGAAGAGGCGACGAUCCAGUCGGUGCUUCAAUCAUCCUGUGCGGACUCAGCCUGGUUCAUGACUUUUAUCCAUGUCCUUGUCUCACACAAUGACUGGCAUCCAAUCAUUUGGCUCCUCGUUCCGGUCGCUUGCAUAUUCCGCUCAACACCUCGUUCAGACAUCGUCAGCGGAUACUCAACGCUGUCCUGGUCCCCAUCGUCGCCAACACGAUCGCCGGAGUUUUGGCCAUGACGGCCACCUUGACGGGCUUCACUCCCCAGGAGAAUCACCCGGGAUCGCGUACAUGCAUGAUAAGAACUCUGCUUGGUCGCCCCUCGCAUUGCUGCUCAAAGUAUGUGCAUAUUGUGUCCCAUCAUCUGUAAUCGCAGAAAUCCAGCCUCUAGUUGCGCUUGCAAUCCAUAAUGAUGUCCGGUCCUCUGUCUUGCAAACUGUGAACUUGAGGACAGCAAGUUCGUGCACCCGUGUUGUGAUGCUCUAUUAGUGUUCGUUGGUUAUGAUGUUCAGGGAUUCGAGUAAGCUUGGCGCAUACAACAACACAUUGUCAAGUCAGCAGCCACACCCUUGCAUGCCAUAAGUCAGGACCAGAUCGAUCUAAUCCGCCGGACUUUAAU